UCCCAUCUAUGGUGAAUCCUUUCACUAAGUUCAAUAGCCGGCACCUUACAUCGGUAGCCAGCCACGCUGUUGCUAUGGAGCGCCCCCGGCCACGAUGGUCACCGGACCAACAACAACACAGCAAGACAAAUCGCAGUCGACAUUCACCUAUAGCGGAGUACACAGUGAAGAAGCCCCCACCGGAGGCGGUGGGCAUCACAGAGUUUAUAAAUCCAUUGGCACUGGGUGGUGAGCUGCGAGUGAGAAUUAAAGAUUGGGAAGUUCGUGAAGUGGGCGCCGAUUUCACCGUGGCCCGUCUCAAAGGUGAACCCAAGUUGAACUGGUGGGCUGAAGUGGAGAGGAAGGUCUCUGCUGGGGCGAGGGACGAACCGGACAGCGACUCUUCGGAUGAAUCAUCCUUCCCGGCCCUCGACGGUGCUGACAAAACGAAAGCAGUAGAGGAUGCACACUGGGAAGGGGUUGCGAUGACCGUUGUGGAAGCUAGGAGCUAUAUAGAGCAGUGGUUGGGCCAUACGGCUAUCACACAGUUGGAUGCUUUCCUCUGCAAAGCAAUGAGUAGUUCACUUGAGGUCGGCGUGCUGCGAGCUAAGCUGGGUGAGGCUACGAUGAGUGAUGAAGAUGCAUAUCGACUUCGUGGAGCUAUCGUGGCCGCGACUAAGCACAUGCUUGUGAAUGUGCCCUGCAAAUUCGAGGGUAGGGGACAUCGCGUUUUCUGCGUUGCUGAAAAUAGAGGAUUCAAGAAACUGCUACUACAACAUAUGACCUUGAGCGAUGCUCAAAAACUCCUUGGACUUAUCACAUGCGGCUACGGUCAGCGAGAUGUGGAGUUCACAUUCCGAUCACCCGGCCCCGUGGUCGAUUCCGAUGUCGAUAGUUUUGCUACUGAGGUAGCCAAAUUUUGGCGGGACUUGGCAUUUGAGAUUGUUGAAUCGGACCAGAAGGAGGGGCUGUUGGUACGAGCGAAAUGGUCGCGAGUGUAUUCCCAACGUGGACUGCAUGGAGGGAAGCGGUGGAGGUGUGUACUGCACAAGGCGAACCUGGACACGCCGAGGGUUCUUGCAAUGUUGGAGAAGAAAUUGCGCUUACCUCGGGAAUCUAUACACUAUGCAGGGCUUAAGGAUAAACGGGGGCUUACCUACCAUAAUUGCUUCCGGAUCCGCCUGCGAGGCGUAGAGCCCGGGUCCAGCUCAGCAGUGGAGUCUUUGAGGAAGACAGGUUUCAUCAACUACUUCGGACUCCAGAGAUUCGGUUGGGACAAGGGUGACGGCGCAUCAAGUCAUGUCUACACUGGUGCUGCAAUCAUUACACGAGAUUUCAACCGUGCCGUUCGAUCAUAUUUGCGGCCUCUGGCAGAUGACAUUUCGGAGGAUGCUCAAAUACGAAGGGCAUGGCUUGAGACGGGAGAUGCUCAUAAGGCGGCUGAGGCUCUGGCCAAAGCUAGUACUCGCGACAACCGGGAUAUAAGCCUGUAUCGGGCUAUGCUGCUGGAGUUGGCUACUUGUCGUGAUAAGGGCCGGCAUGCGAUGAUGCUCAUACCAAAGACAUUGUGGCAUCUGCUUGCGGCCUCAUACGUCUCUUGUUUGUGGAAUCGUUUGGCGAGCCAGCGUAUACGUGAGGGAGGCCUCCGUGUUACGGUUGGAGACUUAGUCGAGGACCCGACGAGUCGAGAGCUGCGCUUGAUUCGGUCCGAGGAGGAUUCAGCAGGAUACACCAUCCAUGAUGUUCGGUUGCCGCAGCUCGGCGAGCAAGUGGAAGGCGAAUGCAGGGUCUUGACCGCUGGAGUUAAUGUGGAAGAACUGUACGCAAAGUUGAUACGGGAGUCGGAAGAGCGGGGUGAGAUUCAGAUUGGCUCAUGGUCCGAUGCGAAGUAUAACUUUUCCGACCUUGGUUUCAAUCAAAAGCUCACCACAAUACCUAGACGCCUUGUGGUGCGUCCCACAGCGUUGUUGGCAGCAGAAGAGUCAAAUGGCGAACGACUGCCGUACAUGAACAACCUCCUACUCGAUUUCCAUCUUCCACGAGGAUCAUACGCAACAAUGCUACUCCGAGAGAUCAUGGAGGGAAGGAAUUGA